UAUCGGCUCGGCAGCGCAUCACACACACAAAGCGAAAAAAAAAAAGAAAAAUACGGGUGGCCUGCGAGCAAAUACCUCUUUAAAUAAUUAGAAAUAAUUAGAACUGAACACCCGGAGUAGUGGUCCCUAUUGAGAAAUAUAAUUAUUCGUGUGCUCCGUCCGCCACAGCCAGCAAAAUAACUAAGUUCAACAUACGCCUGGACAACAUAAUGUCGAAGAACAAAAAAAUGUCGCUGUCGGGCGGCGAUACAGCGGAAAAAUUUAUUUACAAACCCAAGGACUUGAUAUGGGCCAAAAUGAAGGGUUUUACUCCGUGGCCGGGAAUGAUUGUCGAUCCCCCACUUGAUCUGCUCAGCCAGCAGCGUCGUGCGAAUACCAAAUGCGUGUUUUUCUUCGGAUCCAGGAACUUCGCCUGGAUUGAGGAGCACAACAUCAAGCCCUUUGAGGGCCCCUGGAAGGAUGAUUUGGCCAAGGUGAGCAAGCCGGUUUCAUUCCGAAACGCCAUGACGGAUAUUGAGAAGUAUAUUGACGACCCCGCCGAAGUGGACGAGGAGGUAAACAAAAGCUGCGGGGCGCCCAAUCACGCAACCGAAGCCGAUUUCGACAAGAUCCGCGAUGGUCUGGACAGCGAGGACAACGUGGGAGACGAGUCAGCCGGCGAUGGCAACAAUGGUGUGGUGGCCCAUGUGGUGGGCAGUCCCGAUGAGGGCGAGGGCUUGGAUGGGGAGAUCAAUGCAGACUCGUCGGCAUCACCUGCAGCAACCCCGGCGACCACAACCAAGUCGGCUGGCAAGCGAACGCCCAAGGCAAAGUCUGUCACGGGUGCGACAGUAAAGUCGGCCAAGGGAUCGGCGACAAAAUCCGCACAGAAACGGCGCACAUCCGCCCAUCAGACUCCCAGCGGGACAUCGAGUGCCAAGCGUGGCAAGCGGGCUGCCUCCGGGGAUGCAGUGCGCGAUGACGAAGGCGCCAGCUCCACACCAUCGGCCAGACGUCGGGAUGGAACCGACGCACUGCUGGCCGCGCUGGCGGCCAAGAGGACACCGAAUGCAAUAGCUCUGCUCGACCGUCCGGUGGUUACGCGGCCAGAGACCCAGGUCAUCGACAUGAGCACCCGCUCCAAUACGCUGGCCGAUCGCGACAUCGUACCCUCAGAGCAGACCUUUGGCUUUUUGGGCCUGGGCAUGAUGGGAUCGACCAUAGUCAAGGAUUUGAUAUACACGGGGCACAAGGUUGUGGUCUGGAACCGCACCAUCGACAAGUGCCAGCCCUUCGCGGAGGCCGGUGCCGAGGUGAAGGACACGCCAAUGGAUGUCGUGGAGGCCGCCGACGUUAUCUUCUGCUGUGUGUCGGAUCCCAAGGGCGCUAAGGAUCUCGUUUUUGGCAACUGUGGCGUCCUGCAGUUGAAGGAUCUGAAUAACAAGGCCUACGUGGAAAUGUCUACCAUUGAUCCGGACACUUCGCUGGACAUUGGAGAGGGUAUUAAACAGUGCAACGGCCGCUAUUUGGAGGCACAAAUUCACGGAUCGCGUCAGGAGGCAGCGGAUGGCAUGCUCAUCAUCCUCGCCGGCGGCGACCGUUCGGUGUUCGAGGAAUGCCACUCGUGCUUCAAGACCAUUGCGAAGAACACGUUCUUCUUGGGGACAGAUAUCGGCAAUGCCUGUAAAGUAAACCUUAUUUUGCAAACCAUUUUGGGAGUGAGUCUGGUUGGACUGGCUGAGGCGUUAGCACUUGCUGAUCGUUUUUCAAUUUCGUUGAACGACAUCAUAGACAUUUUCGAUUUGACUUCGAUGAAAUCACCAAUGUUGCUCGCCAAGGGCAAAGAAAUGGCCAAGGGCGACUUCAACCCACAGCAGCCUUUGAGCCACAUGCAGCGCGACUUGCGUUUGGUGCUGAAUAUGGCAGAGAACCUGGACCAGUCUAUGCCCGUCACCAGCAUCACCAACGAGGUGUUCAAGCACACCAAGCGCUUGGGCUACAGUGAACACGAUUCGAGCGCCGUAUUCGUAAGAUCCAGGUUUUAACAUUUAGUUAACACGACUAACGUUUAAACUAUAUUUUAUCAUUUAGUUUAAAGCGUACACCGAACAGAACAGAACAUAACCGACACUGACAAAAACACGUAAACAGUAACGCAUAACCCUCACUUACCCACCCACCAUAAACCCAAAAACAAAACAAAUAACUGACAGAGACCUUCGAUGGCAAGGAUUUCGCGGGUGGAUAAUAAUUGAUUAUAACAAUUAGCACAUUUUUGUAUGUCCUUGCCAUUGGCAGCGUCAUCCCAACAUUUCGUAUUUUUAUUUCCAAUAUCCCCCACAAACAAAGCGUAAACUGCAUAAUGAUUAGACAUCAUAUCUUUCCGGAAUCAAUUCAAUCGCUGUGCUUUCUACGACUUUGAAAUGUGUUUUAUUGUAUUUUUGACGGGUGAAACGCAAUCCCAGAGAGGCGGAAGGGAAAGGCGCCGUGUUCUCGAUUUAAUGUCUGUAACAUGUUGCUUUUAUCCAAAUAUCAAUAAACGUAUGAUCAUACAUAAAUUGUAAAUGUAUAGAAUACCGCAUCCGAGUAAAAUGUACAAAGCACACUUGUGAGACAAAAAAAAUUCCGCAUGUAGAAUACCAAAAGAAGCACGGUCCUCUGAAUUUGUCAAUAAGACCUCCCCCUUUUCUGCAUUUACUCCCAUCUUAUAAUUUCAUGUACAUCAUGCACCUUUUUCUAAGAUUUAAAAGUAAGCUAAACGAUCAUACAGAGUAAACUUGCAAACAUAUUUGGUGUGGCGGUAAGGACAGAUUGGCUUAGUUUUAGUUUUCCUUCCUUAUAAAAGCAAAGAAACACAAACUGAUACGGAAAACAAAACAAAACACCACACCGCAACCGUAACAGAAAAAAGAACUACAACAACCGGAAGAAAACAAAAUAGCGUAAACUUUGACCGCUCUACUGUCGAGGGUCAUUAUUAAUAAUAAUAAUAAGAAUAUAUAAUAAAUAAUAUAUUUUACUUAUUAUUUAGUCUGUAUUUUGUUGUAAAACAAAGAUUAAUAAAAUGAUAAUUUUAAUAGAGGAUGUAAGGAAAUUAAA